CUCAAUUUGCCCAUUUAAUUUUUUUUAAUAAGAAAAAGAAGAAAACGUUAACUAAAAAGGCCGACAAAGUAUGAAAAUGUCUUUCUAUUUACUAUUUAUCAAUUUUAUAUAUUAAUUAUACAACCUAUAAAAGAUAAAACUAUUGAUGCUACUACUCAUAAUAAUACAAAGACUGACACUUUUUUUUUUUAUACUGUGAAUCUCUAGAAUAAAUGCAUGCUAUUUUUUAUCUUUAAAGAUGGAAGUAUAAUUUUACUAAAAAAAGAAAUAAAAAAAGAAAACAUAAGGGAUCGAGAAAAAGAAAUAAAAAUAAUAAAUUAAAUAUAGAUACACAGUACAAAUGAAAGAGAAAAAGAGCUAGCUUGACAUUCCUGCUCGACGUGUCAUCCAUGCAAUUAGCCAUCUUGGAGCGGGAUUCUCCAAGCAGCAAAAAUUUUGAAAAUCCAUAUAUACAUUGCACCUUCUGUAUCAUUUCUUCUGAUCUCUAAAGCUCCCAAUCCUGCGACUUUCAAAAUCUGUUGUCAAUCUCAAUCCAUUCGUCAAUAUGGCAAAGAGAAAGGAGACAUCAUUUACUUCAUCAUUUAACUGAAGUUCGGUCUAGGGAGCUCUUCUGAUCAACAAUCUUAUGCUCUCCUCAGAAAGAGUCUACCUCUUGGACGAAGCGCCUCGAGCCACAGUAUAAAUCUGAUCAAGGCAUAUUUAACUGGUGCGGGUGUUAUCCUAAUAACCAAAAGUAAAAAUUUCUAAAACUGCAUUCAGGAGCUUCAGUUCUGCUAAUGCUAAGAUAUAUUAGUUCUUUUUCUCAUUAUAUGGGAAAUGCCUGAAAAUAAUUAUUUUUUUUUAAAGAAAGGAAAUUUCAGCCCACAGUACGGCCAUAAAAAUAGGCCGUCUGAGAUUGGGCAAUAGGUUUUCUUUUUUGUCUUUGGAAAAGUAGGAUUUGCCACCACUUUAUAUUAAUCAAAACAAGGUAUCCUCGCUGGCCAUUUUUCUAAGAAAUGCAAUUCAGAUAAAAUGAUCACAAAAGCUGCAUAUGUUUGAAAUUGGUUGCAAGAACGCAGGGCAUGGAGGUUGUAAAUACAAGUAUAAUUUACAGGAAAGUGAUAAAUGGUGUUAGAAAUAAUUAAUGUUUUACUUAUUUACUAUGCAGUCAUUUGAUUAGAGUUUAUUUAAUCUUAAAUUUGUCAUAGUCUUUAGCUAUUUAGUAAUAUUUCAGUUGCAGUGAAUAUCUAUUCCUAUUAUGUAGAAAGUCAUUGCGUCGUAGUUGGGAAUUCUGUUUUGUAUUUGCCUAGAUUUCAGCUUUUAUUUCUUUCUUAUGUCUUAACACAAUUGCUUUAAAGCUUUUAAAUAUGCCAAAAGUUUCUGACUUUGGAUUUUUCGAGUAUAAUCAUCAAUGAAGGUAAUUAUAUACCUUUUACCUCUAUUUGAAGUGGGAUUUAUUGGUUCACAUAUAUCAGAAUGAAUCAGCUCCAAUACUUGCUUUGCUCUCCAUGACUUUCCUUUAGGAAAUUGUGAACGAUGUUGUUUGCCAACCACAUAUUCUUCACAAACUUGAGAAGGAACAACAAUCUGAGGAAGACCCGUCACCAUAUUUCUUUGUUGAAGCGUUUUUAAUCCGUUGAAAUUCAAAUGACCAUAACGAAAGUGCCAAAGCCAUGAUGGAUCUUUCGUUGCAGCCAUUAAACAAGUUUCAACAUUCUCUAUCUUUAAGGGAAACAAUAUGUUUGAACUCAUUUGAACAACAACAAUAGCACCUCUAGACGGAUCAUAUAUUUCACAAGCAUUCUUUUGAAUCGUUAUCACAUAACCCUUCUCUAACUACUGACCAACACUAAGCAAAUUACAUUUUAAAUUAGGCACACAAAGAACAUUUAAAAUUGUUUCUACAAAUCCAUUCUUGGUUUUAAUAUUAAUGCUGUCCUUUCCCAUCACACUAACAGUAGAACAAUCACCAAAACUUACUGUAGAAUGAAAUGCUUAAUAUAAGAAUGAAAAAGAAGACCUACUUCCACAUAUAUGCUUGCUGCAGCCUGUAUCCAUGUACCAAACAUCCGAUUGAGAUUCUUUUUCAUCUUGUACAACCAUUAAUAAUGUUUCUGCCUCUUUUGUUUCAACAAAAUUUGACGUUUUUCCCCUUUCUUUGUCAUUCGGCAACUUUGUGUAACAUUUAAAGCGAUAAUGUCCAAAUUUAUGGCAUCUGUAAAACUCUACCUUAGACUUCUCCUGCUGAUCUCGUCCUUUGCCUCUGCCAAGCGACUGGUCAUGAACAGAUAGAUUAUGUUUGCCACCAUCUCCAUUCCCUCGAUAGCCUCUGCCCCUUCCUCUUCCUCUACCUCUUCCCCUUGCAUUAGAGAAAUUAGUAGAAGAUGUUACCUUCAAAGCUUGCUCCUUUGUAGUAGUGUUUCGAUUCCGAUUAAUUUUCUGCUCAUGGAUCACCAAAGAACUUUGAAGUUCAUCAAGCGAGAGUGAAUCUAUAUCCUUAGAUUCUUUGAUGGAGUAGACAACAAAGUUGAACUUUUUAGUCAAAGACCGCAAUAUCUUCUCAACGAUCACAACAUCCAUUUUCUCACCAUGAAACCGCAUGUUGGUGGCAAUCUCCAUUGUCCUAGCAAAAUAGCUUGUAACAGAUUCUCCAUCUUUCAUUCCUAAACACUGAAAACUUUUUCUAAAGGCUUGAAGCUGUGCACUCUUCACUCUAGAAGACCCUUCAUAUUUUCUCUUUAUUGAAUCCCAUAUGUCCUUGGAAGUAUCUUUACAAAGAAUUGUUUUCAAGAUGGAUCGGUCAAUAGCUUGAAACAAAUAAUUUUUUGCUUUCAAGUCUUUAAGCUUUAAUCCUUCCAUUUCUGUCUUCUAUGCAUCUGUGAUUGUUGAGCUAGGUGUUGUUUGAGAUAUGCCAUCUGAAACAACUUGCCAAUAUUCUUUCGAUCUCAAAAAGUUGUCCAUCAACAUGCUCCAAUGAUCGUAGUGACCAUCAAAAUGUGGAAUAGCUGGCUGCACAAAAUUUUCAGAAUUCAUUUUUUUUUUUUUGAUUCUCAAUCAAGCUCUGAUACCAUUGUUAAGACAUAAGAAAGAAAUGGAAAGCUGAAAUCGUACAUCAAGCAGCCCUUGUUAAAAGGCAAAUAUAAAACAGAAUUCACGAUACAUGUGGACCCAUAAAUCCCACUUCAAAUGGAGGUAAAAGGUAUCUAAUUACCUUCAUUGAUAAUUAUACUCGAAAAACUUGGGUCUAUAUUUUGCAGGCAAAGUCAGAAGCUUUUGGCAUAUUUAAAAGCUUUAAGGCAACUGUUGAAACUCAAACUGAGAGAAAAAUUAAAUGCCUUCGUACCGAUCGUGGUGGAGAAUAUUGUUCAAAGGAGUUCGAAGCUUUCUGUGACAGUCAUGACAUUCGGAGAGAGUUGAUAGCUCCAUAUACGCCACAACAAAAUGGCAUAUCGGAGCGGAAAACAUAACCAUUCUUAAUAUGGUGAGAAGCUUGAUGGCAAAAGGAAGAAUUCCUAAGAAAUCUUGGCCUGAAGCGGUGAACAAGAGCAUUCAUAUUUUGAAUAGAUGUCCAACGUUUGCUGUUCAAAAUAUGACUUCAGAAGAAGCUUGGAGUGGGAAGAAGCCGACAUUAGAUCAUUUCAAAAUUUUUGGUUGCAUCGCCUACACACAUGUAUCAGAAGAAAAGGGGAAGAAGCUUGAUGAUAAGGGUGAAAAAUAUGUUUUUCUUGGCGUAAGUGAAGCAUCAAAAGCAUACAAGUUGUUCAAUCCAUUGAUAAAAAAGAUAAUAACCAGUAGAGAUGUGAUUUUUGACAAGGAAAGCAUAUGGAAUUGGGAUGAACAACAGUCCACGACAAUUAUUCUUGACAGUGAAUCCAAUGAAGAACAAGAGCACAUAGAGCAGCCUCUACAUCAGCAAAUUUCAGAACUGCUUUCACCAAGAACUCCACCAAAUACAACACCAUGCAAUCUUGACUUUUUACCAACAAUAAUAGAAUGUGAUGCUACUACUGAAGCUAAACGUGUUCGAAAAAGACCAGGGUGGAUGGUGGACUUUGAAGUGCCAAGAAUUUUUUAAGAUGAAGAUCCAAUCACUCAUUUUGCUUUGUUUGCAGAUUGUGAUCCUACAAUGUACGAAAGUGCUGUUAAAGAUUCCAAAUGGCGCAAUGCAAUGAAUGAUGAAAUUGAAGCCAUUGAAAGAAAUGGAACAUAGAAGCUAACUGAUUUACUAGAAGGGCAUGAAGUCAUUGGCGUAAAAUGGGUGUUCAAAACAAAGUUGAAAGAGAAUGGGGAAGUCAACAAGUACAAGACGCGUUUAGUAGCUAAAGGCUACAAGCAACAGUAUGGUGUUGAUUACAAAGAGGUUUUUGCGCCAGUUGCACGACAUGAUACCAUCAGAAUGGUAAUUGCAUUGGCUGCUCAGAGUUUAUGGCCUAUCUUCCAAAUGGAUGUCAAAUCGGCAUUCUUGCACGAAACUCUUGAAGAGCAGGUAUAUGUUACUCAACCUCCUGGCUAUAUUAAAACUGGAAAUGAAAAUCAGGUUUACAAAUUAAAAAAAGGCUCUUUACGGUUUAAAACAAGCCCCGCGGGCAUGGUACAACCGUAUCGAGAAUUAUUUUUAAAAGAAGGUUUUCAUAAAUGCCCAUAUGAGCAUACACUUUUUGUUAAAAUUAGAGAUGAAGGAAGAAUACUCAUUGUGUGUCUGUAUGUUGAUGAUCUUAUAUUUACUGGAAAUGAUCCUGCCAUGUUUGAAAAAUUUAAGAAGUCCAUGAUGACAGAGUUUGAAAUGUCGGAUCUUGGUCUAAUGCACUACUUUCUAGGCAUAGAAAUAGUGCAAUCAGCUGAUGGAAUUUUUGUUUGCCAAAAGAAAUAUGUACGAGAAAUUUUGGACAGGUUUCAAAUGCAAGAUUGCAAUCCUGCAAGCACUCUAGCUGAGUUUAACUUGAAAAUAAAUAAAGAUCAUGAAGGUAAGAAGGUGGAAAACACAUUGUUCAAGCAAAUCGUUAGGAGUUUGAUGUAUUUGACCGCAACUAGACCAGAAAUAAUGCAUUCAGUGAGUCAAAUUAGUAGAUACAUGGAAUCUCCAACUAAAAUGCAUCUUGCUGCUGCGAAGCGAAUCCUACGGUACUUGCAAGGUACUAGAGAUUUUGGCUUAUUCUUCAAAAAGGGAAUAAAGUCAGAUUUGGUUGGUUAUACUGAUAGUGAUUAUGCUGGGGAUGUUGACGACCGAAAAAGUACUUAUGGAUGCAUUUUUAUGAUGGGUUCAGCAGCUGUUUCUUGGUCUUCGAAGAAGCAACCCAUUGUCACUUUAUCCAUGACCGAAACUGAACUUAUUGCUGCCACUUCUUGUGCAUGUCAAGCUCUUUGGCUUAAAAAAAUACUUGAAGAAUUGCAAUUCAAUCAAGAAGGAGCUGUUGUGAUUUACUGUGAUAACAAUUCUACAAUCAAGCUUUCCAAGAAUCCGGUGCUACAUGGGAGAAGCAAGCAUAUCGAUGUUAAAUAUCACUACUUGAGAGACCUUGACAAGGAUGGAAAAAUUGAUUUGAAGUAUUGCAGAAGUGAAGAACAGCUGACUGAUAUAUUUACUAAAGCUCUUAAGGUUUUUCCUUUUCAAGAUUUGAGAAAAAUAAUUGGAGUUUGUACUUUGAAAAGGUUUGUAAACUGAUGCAACAAAAGUUUCAGUUUAAAGGAGGGAAUGUUAGAAAUAAUUACUGUUUUACUUAGUUUACUAUGCAGUCAUUUGAUUGAAGUUUAUUUGGUCUUAAAUUUGUCCUAGUCUUUAGCUAUUCGGUAGCAUUUCAGUUGGAGUGAAUAUCUAUUCUUAUUAUGUAGG